CAGACAAACAAGUAAUCCUCUGAUUCCGACUGUGACAGCUGUAGUUUCUGUCAUUGCUCCUCUGGCUGUACUCUAUUGGCACAUUUCGAAGAUUUUAUAUUUCGUGCCUUUCUAAAUUUACAUGAUAACAACGCCAGACUGCCCAACAAACUGACGUUAGCUGCUCUCUCCGGCUAACUUAUUAACCGGUAACAACACAACGGCCAGCUGACGGAACACUGAGCUUGUUAGCUAGCUAGCCCAGCUGUCUCUCCAGUCGAACUGCCCUUUGUCUUUACAAGCAAGUCAGCUCGCUGGCAUCUUUUCUCCUUUUGGUUAGCUGACACCGGCUUUUGCAUUUUUACUUUUUCUCGCCUGACAAAAGUCAAGCAAACCAAGAUAGGCGGCUUGGGAACCAAGAUGUCGAACCGAGUGGUGUGCAGAGAAGCAAGUCACGCCGGGAGCUGGUACUCUGCUUCGGGAUCCCAGCUGAACGCACAACUAGAAGGCUGGCUGUCCAAAGCAGAGUCCACGAUCAGACCUGCUAGAGCCAUCAUAGCGCCGCAUGCUGGGUAUACCUACUGUGGUGCUUGUGCAGCACAUGCCUACAAGCAGGUUGAUCCCUCUGUUACUCGUAGGGUGUUCAUCCUGGGACCUUCACACCAUGUGCCCCUCUCCCGCUGUGCCCUGUCACCUGCAGAGAUCUAUAGAACACCUCUCUAUGACCUGAGAAUCGACCAGAAGGUUUAUGCCGACCUCUGGAAAACUGGGUUGUUUGAGCGGAUGAGUCUGCAGACAGAUGAAGAUGAGCACAGUAUUGAAAUGCACUUGCCUUACACUGCUAAAGCCAUGGAGAGCCACAAAGACGAGUUUAGCAUCGUCCCUGUGCUUGUGGGUGCCCUGAGUGAGUCCAAGGAACAGGAAUACGGGAAGCUGCUCAGCAAGUACCUGGCAGACCCUUCCAACCUCUUUAUUAUCUCAUCCGACUUCUGCCACUGGGGUCAACGGUUCCGCUACACAUAUUAUGAUGAAUCUCAAGGGGAGAUCUACAGGUCUAUCGAGCAUCUUGAUAAAAUGGGGAUGGGCAUUAUAGAACAGUUGGAUCCCAUGUCUUUCACCAACUACUUGAAGAAGUACCGCAACACCAUUUGUGGGCGUCACCCGAUUGGAGUGCUUCUAAAUGCUGUGGCUGAGCUGAGGAAGUCUGGUUUAGAAAUGAACUUCACUUUCCUGAACUACGCCCAAUCGAGCGAGUGCAGGAACUGGCAGGACAGCUCCGUGAGUUACGCUGCCGGGGCCCUCAUCGCUCAUUGAGGUCGACUUCACAGGGGCCACUGCAGCGCCGCCGCCCUGCCCUUACUAUCUAUCGCCAUAACCUGACCCAGACACCCUCCCUCUCACCCCACCCACCCCGAGUUACACCCACUAUUUGCAGGAAGGACCUAGACACUCAAAGCCAAUACAGUCUUCUUUCUCUGUCUCUCCCUCAGCUCUCCUCCGCCUUUUCUCCACCCUCCUCUCAGUUUGAAGUGUGUCUCAGAGCUUUUGGUUGAAAUAUUUUGCUUGAAGUGCAGUUUUGAGAUUAUGUAGGAGCAAAUGGUCAGAGGAGAAAGGAAGAGUGCGUAUUAAUUUGGCUCGGAGUAAGCGUCGGGAGGGGGAAAUCUCAUUUGGGUUUAGUCCCAUUUUGUUUUCCUGACAAAAAUGAUGGAUUUGAGUUGUGAUGAUGCAGUCUUUACAUUUGGGCUCUUGGCAAACUGCUCAUGUAAUUUGCCUCAGAAAAGGUAUGGAAAUAAAACUGCAGAUCUUUAUGAAGCAUACUGAAAUUUUGCCAGAUGAAAAUGAAAUGAGUGUUUUGACUGACUGCUUCAAGCUACAUGCGACUUUAAAACUUUGAAAACAGUGUCAUCGGUAAUUACUACCAUUGCUCAACAUAUGUUGUAGUUGCUAACAAAGGGCUGCACCCAACAAAGUUCACUAACCCCCUACUGUACAAAACCAAAAACAUUAUUACUCAGUUUAUAAAAUAUUAUCUUUUAUUCAUAUUUUAUUCCUUUUCAUUUCUCCCUUUUUUAAGUAGUUUUAUUAGACGUGAUAGUAUUUACUCAAGUAGUGUGUAGAUUUGAACUAAAGCAGUGUUGUUGGUGAAGCUCUAAAGCCAUCCACAUGGUUUGCCCAGUAAAUUAGUGUGUGCAACACUGCUUCCAGAUUCCAAUUAUAUGCCUGUAGCAUUAUAUAUGUUUUGCGAGGGCCAGACUCCAGUUGUGGGUGCUACAGAAAUGUAAUCAAAGCUGGAUAUUGUGUAAAUUACUCCAACAAUGACACCUCUGGUCUUUGUUUACAUUUGCCACCUUGAAUCUCUGUAGUUGUUGAACUGAACAAAGAUUUCUUUUUUUUUUUAAUUAGACUUGUAGAAAAUGUCUUUUGUUACACACUCAGUUCUGUAAGAGCAGCAAAGCUUUUGUUUUGGCCUGAACAAAGAGGUAAAGGUUGAGAUGAUCUGCUGAAAUUGUUGGAACUGUUAUUGAUCUGUUCACUAGGUAGUAAUUUACAACUCUUUGUAUGAAUAUGUUUUGUUUUAAAGGGAUAGUUAUGAUUUUUUUUGAAGCGGGGUUGUAGAGGGUACUUGUCCACAGUUAGUGUAUUGCAUAUAGGAAAUGUCAGACGGCACGCCCCCAGUUUAGAGAAGCAGGCUCAAGUCUCACAAGGAAGCUAAGGAAUCUAUUGCUGUGAAGGGGUUAGCAAUGAAACCUAUUCCAGCCACCUAAAAAAAUGUCAGUUCAAGUGUUUGCUAUAUUGAUAGUAUUUUCACUGCUUCACUUUAAUGUCACACAGCAAUUUCCAAUGGGAAAAUUAAGCUGUCAUAUUUUUCUCUUCAAAGCCAGACUCCAUUGUGUAAAACUCUGAUUUGACAUUGCUGAACAUGGGAGCUGCUGAUGUAGUGCUGCCUCAAUCAGAUAUUUUGUGUGUGUUAUUGUGUGACUUCGGUGUUUAAAAGGGUCAGUUGUGAUUCACGUAAGUCACACAGUCAUACAAACAAACUAACUAAUCGAGGCAGCAGUAGACCAGCAGCUCUUGUGUUUAGCAAGCUAAAAUUACUGUUUUUUUUUUCCAGUGGAGUCUGGUGGCUUUAACAAAAGCAUGGAUGGGGAACAGAAGCCAUUAAAGACCUCCCUGUUGAAACAGGCUGUCUGACGAAAGACCAAGUGAUGAAAGUACUCUCCAUAGCAUACAUUUUAGAUGGUUAAAAUACAUUUUGUUACCAACAAACAGCCAACUGACAUUUACUGUACGUAUUUCACUGACUAUGGAUAAGUAUCCCAUACAACUCCACUUCAACCAACUCAAAAAAUCUGAACUGUCCCUUUAAGAAUGCCAAAAGUUAUUGGGAAGAUAUAAGUCAUCCUUUUUUAAGGUUUUCUAGUUUUGCUGCUUCUGAGUGUACGAGAAUUCACUUCAAAAUCACUCUGGAGGCUGUAGAAGUAUCAAUAAGACAAGGUUAACUAAAACUAGUCAGACCAGAGUUUUAAGAUCAGCACAAAGUCAUAAUGCUUUGCUAUAAGGUUUAAGAAUCUACCCGGAUGUUGCUCCCUGCUGUAUUUUGGAAUAUAUUAAAAAUGAAUUUUUGCUUUAUGAAAUGUCCAGCACGAGGAUCACAAUAACUAAAGAAAAGGCGUGUUUCCUUUUCAGAGUAAUAUGCUAUGUAGUCCUGCUGCCUGAAAUACUCCUAAUAUUUUCAUAGAUUAACAAACUAAGCUGAAUGCAGAAAGCAGAUGAUUCAUAGUGGCAGUAUAGGCUUUUAAUGACAGUAUGAUAUAGGCAGCACACAGUGUCUGCUGUCCUGUCGUUUGAUAUAUGAAUAUCACUGACUGACUUUUACUGAUGCAGUCCUCUAACCUUGGUCCGUCCCUCUCGGGCACUACAAGAGGCAUUGCACCUAGCAUUAAGCUACGUUUGGUUGAAUCAAGUGGGCACAGACUGAAAGAUGAAUCCUCAGACUCACUCGACCUCUGACGCUAAUUUAAGGGAAACUAGUAAAGCAUGACACACUGUGCUAUUGUGCCUUUUAUCACUGUUGCACAUAUACAUAUAAAGCGUAUUCUCACUUUUAGUCUUAUUUUAGAAUGUGUACUUUCAGUUUCUGUUUAUCCACAUGUACCCUCCUCCUCGCCCAGUGCCCUAACAAUGUCUCCAGCUCACCCAGCACUCCAGGAGUGUGUGUGACCAGUCCUCCCGCCUCAUCUGUUGGUCUAAAAUGGCACCAACUGUUAUCUCCUUUCUCCAGCAGGGAGUGGUGUUCUCUUUUCUCCACCUCACCUCAUUCCUGUAGAGAGACAAAGGCUGAACCUCAACACUGUUUAUUUUCUUUUUAUGGAUCUUUGUUUUGUCUUUUAGAAAUUGUUUUUGUAUUAUUAUUUUUUUCUUGCUUAGAGAAUGGGAACUCGUCACAAACCUAAAAUAUACUACUUAACUACUCCCUAAAUGGAGUUUUUUUGAUCUCAGGUUCCACUGACAAAGCAUCCCAAAAGGCUCUUCAGAUAAGGCCGUGGAUUCAUGUUACAAAACAAGUAAAAUGUACUGAAAAGCA